AUGGGCCCCUGUACCGCCUCCUCAUGCUGCUGCCAGGCCCGUAAUCUGCCAUGGGCCCCUGUACCGCCUCUUCAUGCUGCUGCCAGGCCUUAAUCUGCCAUGGGCCCCUGUACCGCCUCCUCAUGCUGCUGCCAGGUCCAGAGUCUGUCAUGGGUCCCUGUACGGCCUCCCAUUGCUGCUGUCUCCAUCGCCACACUCUGCCAUGUGCCACUUUCAGGUCUCCUCACACUCCUGCUGGUUUCCAUUUUGUCAUAGGUUGCUGUAUGGCCUCCCAUUGCUGCUGCCUCCACCGCCACACUGUGGCUCCAAACACUGGUUUUGGCCCCGUGACUGGCCAAAUGAGUGAAGUGUGCGGUGAUUCUAAGAUCGACGGCACUCAUCUGCAUGUCAUACUGACUGACAGUAUUAUUUCUCUUCCCCAGCAGACUCCAAGGGCAUUUAAAUUAAAGGUACAGUGUUCUGCACUAAUAUUA